GUUUCGGGGCUAGACGGGGCAAAGACGUGAAUUGUCGCAAGGAGUAGAGGUAGGAAUAACCCGCUCCGAACCGCCCCAUUGCCAUUCGUAGGACAAAACUAAAUUUCAAUUUAAAUAAACAAAACGACUUAUCGCGCUAAGCAGCAAGUUACGUAAUCAUUCUCACCCAUUUGUACUGGUUCCGAACUUCCCAUAGACUCUAGUAUUCAAGUGAAGCACUAAACCCUCCCUAUUUCGAUUAGGGUUUUAAAAAUUUCUAAUCGAAGCUUGAGGAACAAGAAGGAAAUAACGAUGAUUUACUCCGCAGUUAAGUUAUCAAGAAAAGCAACAAACUUUGCUCGAACUGCCUGGUUAGGAUCCCUGUCCAAUAAACCAUUCCUCUUUACUCCUUCAUCAACAUCCCCGUUGAGAUUGUUUCAUGAAAAAAUCAAUGGUCCAAAUGCAAGCCCAGUUGCUCUUCAGAUGAUCGACUACGCUCUCUCUCUUGCCAAAUCUCAAAAAUCAGAUGAAUCGUAUGGACAAGCUAUGCUGGUAUUGGAGCAGUGCCUUUCUUCUCAGUCAAGUGAAGGCAAAGAUUUUGUGACCCAAAAUUCAAAGGGGAUGGUCCUACUAGCCAUGUCUAACUUGUUAUUUGAAAGAGAAAAUUACGAUGAAGCAGUAGAGAAGCUGCAGCAAAUUCAAGAUUUAGACAACUCUUCUUUGGGUGUAAGAGUUUCUGCCAUGGAAGCUCUUGUGGGACUUAAUUUAGAGUUGGGAAAUGAUGAUACUUCAUCAGUGCUCGCAGAUAAAUGCUUAGAACUCUUAGGUAAAGAUGAAUAUGAAAGUACAGUCGGAGACUUUGCAGUUGCAAAUGCUCGUGCUAAAGCUGUUAAAGGACUAGUGGAGCUUGUCCGUGGCAAUCUUGGAUUAGCUGAACCAUUAUUCCAAGGAUUUCAGGACAGUGAGGGUUGUGUUGGAAAUGGUGCUUUGUCCUAUGGAGAGUUCUUGCAUGCCAAACGAAACUUCUCAUUGGCAAAGGACUUGUAUCACAAAGUUAUUAAUGAAGUUGCUGAAAAAAAAGACUUCAAUGGCAUACAUGCUUUAGCAGCUUGCAAUAUGGUUGCAGAAGAAGUUCUGCUGGCAGCUAUCUGUGCCUUGGGCCAGCUUCAGGCACAUAUGGGGAAAUUUAGUGAUGCAGAAGAGACAUUGACAAAGGCAUUGAAUAAAGCAGAAGAACUUUUUGGCUCUCGUCACCCCAAGGUUGGUGUGGUUUUAACCUGCUUGGCUCUCAUGUUUCGGCAUAAAGCAGCACAAGAGCAAUCAAGUUCUCUUUUAAUACAGGAGGGACUUUAUAGGAGAGCAAUAGAUUUGCUGAAAGCUCCACCAAUGGACUCUGACGGCAGUAUGAGGAUGGGAAGUUCAACUAGGAGGGACAUUGUUGCCCUUGCAAAAGGUGGGUACGCUGAAGCACUCUGUGUUCAACAGAACAGGAAGAGUGAAGGAGAAAAGAUGAAAAGGUGGGCAGAUGCAGCAUGGAGGAACACUCGCAUUUCACUAACUGAGGCACUGAAGUUCUCAGAAUCCUCGGAGAAAUUGCCUGUUAUAGAUGCUCGAAUUGGCAGGGCAAUAUGACUUUUCUUUCUCUAAGGGCAGCAGCACUUCAGUGUCAAUUUAUUGUACAAUAUGCCGGGAUUUGAUCCAACAGGAUGAGUAGAACUCUUGUUUGCAGGGCUCAAAAACUAAUCAACAGAUUGAUUGCCAAUUUGUUGUACGCAACGUGUCGAGAACUUGCACCAAAGGCAUGGAUGCGCCAUCUCCGUCGAAUUAUGUAGCAUUAGAUAUUUGUCUGAGAAAUAUGCAUGGUCUUGUACACUAUCCAUCCUUUUUCUAUAUUUGCACAAAUCUGUUGCAAAUAAUAAGUUAUCCUGGCAAGAGGGUUGUAGAUUUGCAAUAAAAUAAGUGACAACUCUUUUUUCUCUCUAUC